CAAGUACAAGACAUGCUGAUUGCUGAUGAGGGUGAGAAGGAUUUGUUCUUCGAUUCCGCAGAGUACUUGUCAUCUGAAGAGUCAGUGGUAGCAAAAGAGAACCUGGAGUGUAGCAAGUUGGAGUAUGAGAUUUGGGUGAAUGAGCCACCAAGUGUGAAGGACAGACGAGAGAGUUUUCUUCGGCAGAUGGGUUUAGCUGAAUCAGGUUCUACAAAGUUUGGUUCUGUGGAGAUGGAAAGGGACAUCGGUACCUCAUCAGAGAUGAUGGGAUUGGAGAGACUUUCAGAGUGCAAUGGAGCUGCCUCGAGCUCUUGCAGCUCCUCAUCUAGUCAAAUUGAGGAAUACUUGGGAUUUCAUAUCAGGGAAGGGGACAAUCAAGCAAAUUUUAUGUGUGAUGAAUUUGUCAGAGGUCUACAAGACAAGUCAAAUUUAGUUUACAUUUUGGAGUCGGUACAAGUUUCAACAUCUGGUAGUGAUUGUUCUCAGAGGGAAACUUGUUCUGAGAGAGAAACUUCUUCUCACAGAGAAAUUGAGGCUACUGAAGAAGAAUGCGACAGUUCAAAGGAGGGCCACAAGAAGAAGAGAAGUUGGUGGAAACAGUUCAUAAACAAGAGCAAGAGGAGAGGUGGUAAAGUUGUCUCAGAGGUAUCAAAACUUGAUACUGAAGUAUCCAAAGAAAACAAAAUGAUAGUCAAACAGAACAGUAAGAGGUACAUGGAGUUUGCCGCACUUUGCACCGGGCAAGAAAUUCAGGCUCACAAUGGGUUUAUAUGGACGAUGAAGUUUAGUCCUGAUGGUCAAUACCUUGCAACUGGUGGUGAAGAUGGGGUUGUACGCAUUUGGCGUGUUACAGCAGAUGCCUCUUGCAAUUACCUAAUGGCUCAAGGCAACUUAGAUAGCAAACUUAAAAAGAUCAAGUCUGGAUGUCGAGUUAUUUUUCCUGACAAUAGUUUUCGAAUUGAAGAGUCACCGCUCCAAGAGUUUCUUGGCCAUACAAGUGAUGUGUUAGACCUGGCUUGGUCAAAUUCAAAUUGUCUCAUUUCUUCGUCCAUGGAUAAGACUGUUCGUCUGUGGGAAGUUGGUUGCAGUCGGUGCCUAAAUGUUUUCCAUCACAAUGACUAUGUGACAUGCAUUCAGUUCAAUCCUCUUGAUGACAGUUACUUCAUCAGUGGAUCCAUCGAUGGGAAGGUUCGAGUUUGGGGACUUUCUGAGAAGCGAGUUGUUGACUGGGCUGACGUGCGAGAUGUCAUAACAGCUAUUUGUUAUCAACCAGAUGGAAAGGGUUUCGCAGUUGGUUCCCUUGCAGGCACUUGCCGCUUCUAUGAAGAAUCAGAAAAAGAAGCCCUUCAGCUUGUUGCACAGAUUCAUAUUCGUUCUAGAAGGAAGACCUCUGGCAACAAAAUCACCGGCAUCCAGUUUUCCCAGGAAAACACUGGAAGAGUUAUGAUAACAUCAGAAGACUCAAAAGUCCGUGUGUUUGAUGGGGUAGAUGUCAUUAAGAAAUACAGAGGUCUUCCAAAGUCAGGAAGUCAAAUGUCAGCUUCUUUCACAUCGAGUGGGAAACGUAUUAUCUCAGUUGGAGAGGACUCUCGUGUUUAUUUAUGGGACUAUGACAGCUCUUGUCUUCCAUCAUCCAAGCAAACAAAAUCUGUUCGAUCAUGUGAACAUUUCUAUUGCGAAGGUGUGUCUGUUGCAAUCCCUUGGUCCGGCAUGGGAACAGAGAAGAUGAACUUCGAAGUUGCUAGUCCGCAAUAUUGCUCACAAACACAAGGCCGAAUAGAGGCUACUCCUAGCAGUAGAGAUUCGGAACGCUUUUUGCUUGGGAAUUGGUUUUUCCUGGAUGGACCCUGCAGAGGCUCUGCAACUUGGCCCGAGGAAAACCUUCCUCAGUGGGAUUCACCGGUUGCUGGAGAUGAAGAUGAUCACCAGCAACACGGAGAGCAUCAACACCGUCACAACCACAGUAAAGCUCACAACCACUUGACGAAGUCAGAGACGUGGGGGCUUGUCAUUGUAACUGCUGGAUGGGAUGGAAAGAUCAGGACAUUCCAUAACUAUGGAUUGCCGGUCAGUUUGUAG